AUUGACGUCACUGAGCGCACGUGUAGACGGAACCCUGUUGGCUGUGUUGGCUGGGGGUCUCGGUGUUUAGCUUUGUCGUAUUUUGUUAAGUACAGAAGUGGGAUUUUUGUGUGUAGUGUAGUAGCUGAGUGUGUGUGUGUGUGUAUAAAAUUCUCCACAAUGGGAGGUUUACAGAAAAAGAAGUAUGAGAGCGGCUCAGCCACCAACUACAUCAGCAGGAACAAAGCGCGUAAGAAGCUGAGCCUGAGUCUGGCUGAUUUCAGACGAUUGUGCAUCUUGAAAGGAAUUUACCCACAUGAACCCAAACACAAGAAGAAGGUCAACAAGGGCUCCACGGCCCAGAGGACCUUCUACCUGCUCAAAGACAUCCGCUUCCUCUUGCACGAGCCCGUCGUCGGCAAGUUCAGAGAGUACAAGAUAUUCGUGCGUAAACUGCGGAAGGCGUACGGAAAGGCAGAGUGGGGCUCCGUCGAGAGGCUGAAAGACAACAAACCCACAUACAAACUGGACCACAUUGUAAAGGAGAGGUAUCCGACAUUCAUUGAUGCUCUGCGGGACGUAGACGACGCUCUGUCCAUGUGUUUCCUGUUCUCUACGUUUGCUCGCACCGGGAAGUGCCACGUGCAGGUGAUCCAGCUGUGCCGCAGACUCAGUGUAGAAUGGAUGAACUACAUCAUCGCCUCGCGGUCGCUCAAAAAGGUGUUUCUAUCCAUCAAGGGCAUCUAUUACCAGGCAGAAGUGCUGGGCCAGACCAUCACCUGGCUCGUACCAUAUCAGUUUGCUCAUGAUCACCCUACAGAUGUGGAUUACAGAGUCAUGGCCACUUUCACAGAGUUCUACACCACACUGCUUGGCUUUGUCAACUUCCGCCUCUACCAAACCCUCAACCUCAUUUACCCACCUAAGCUUGAUGGGAAAGGAGAGACAGAUCUCAAAGCUGAUUUUGAGGAGGACUAUGCCAUGGAUUCGGAGAGCUACCUGGAGAAACUGUCAGCGCUGAGCGCCAGUCUGGCUCGUGUCGUCUCCACGGCUGAAGAAGAGGAAGCAGAGAUGGACCAUUUCCCCGCCGAAGGGGAGGACAUGGAGAAGAUGGAGGCGAGGGUAAAGGCGCAGCAGGAGGACGACAAACACAAGAAGCUCUUCGAGGGCCUCAAGUUCUUCCUGAACAGAGAAGUGCCGAGAGAAUCUCUGGCUUUCCUGCUAAGGUGUUUCGGUGCACAGGUGUCCUGGGACAAAUCUCUGUGUAUCGGCAGCACGUAUGACAUCACCGACGAGACGAUCACACACCACGUGGUGGACAGACCCAGCCUGGACAAACAGUACAUCAACAGGUACUACAUUCAGCCUCAGUGGGUGUACGACUGCGUGAACUCUAAGAUGCUCCUUCCGGUGGAGGACUACUUCCUGGGCGUCACACUUCCUCCCCACCUGUCACCCUUCGUGGAGGAGAAGGAGGGCGAUUACGUUCCUCCAGAGAGGCAGAAACUCCUGGCUCUGCAGAGAGGAGAGAAACCUGUCGCAGAGCAGGACGAGGAAGAAGAGGAGGAUGAAGAGGAAGAAGAAGAUGAUGAUGAUGAUGAUGCCGAAGAAGAGGAGGAGGAGGAGGAAGAGGAGGAGGAAGAAGAGGCUGAACAAGAGGCUAAACUGAAAGAUAUGGAACAGAAAAGAACACAGGGCAAGGCCUUAUCGGUGAAGGUGACCCCUGGAAAGGCGACUCCAGACAACAGGCAGAGACUGGAUCAAGAAGAGAAGGCUGAGGAGAAGAGGCUCGCCAUCAUGAUGAUGAAGAAGAAGGACAAAUACCUCUACGAUAAGAUCAUGUUCGGAAAGAAGAGGAAGGUUCGAGAGGCUAACAAAAUGGCAGCCAAGAGAAAAGCUUUGGACGAGGCCAGCAAAUCGGACAGAAAGAAGAAGUCGAAGAAACAGUAGAGGGGAAAUGAGAAUGGAUGUUAUUUUUAUUAUUAAAAAAAAUUCUAUCCAUUUAUUGGACACUGUCAUGCCUAUUGUAUGCAAAAAAAAAAAUGUCUCUUCAAUGUUAUUUAGGUUUAAUGAUCACAUUGUAUUAAAUUGAUCAGUUUUAUUCAUGUAUUUUAAAUACCUCGUUAGUCAUCCCAUUGUAUUAAAAUGAUCCAUUUUAGCCAGUGGUGUAAAAAACACUUUUGCUUUUUUUUUCCAUUAAGAUACAAUGAUCUGUUUUAUUUUAUGUUUAAUACAAGAACAAUAUCUCAGGCUGGCAUACACUCUCUCCAAAAUCGAUUAAUCAUAGGCGUCUGUGCGCUCAUGUAUGUGGGAGAAGGUAGGUAGAGCAUUCCUCCGAGUGUGUGUCACUCUGCCUUGUGAUUUAGCUUGAGCGACAGUUUGAAAAGUUUGGCUUCAUAUUUCCCAGUUGGUGGCUGUAGUAUAGGUGGGGAAUGGUGACCAAGCUGGUGAAAAAAAAUAAUAAAAUAUUUAAAAAUCA